UUGAAAAAAUAACUAAAAACCAUUCCCUGUCCCUAAAAAUUCCCCAAAAUGAGUGACAUGAUCAUCUGUCGAUUGUGUCUCUUAAACGGAGAAGCAACUUACUACAAUGUUUUUGAGACAAAAUCCACGGAAAAGAUUUGGAAACUGCUCGAAAUCGAGAUCCGCGAAGACGAUCCGCAUCCAAAAAACAUCUGCAUCGACUGCCUAAAACGCUUGAAUGACUUCAGCACUUUUGCCGAGCAAUGUCGAUCGUGCCAAGACGUCUUCGUACUUCAUUGUUCCAUGGCAAACAGCAAAAAUAAUCAAAAUUUACUCAUCGAAGACCCGAAUUUGGUGCAAAUUUUUCCGCAAGAACCCCAUUUCGAGAUUAGUUUUGUCACUGCGACGCCGCCCACGGAGCAACAACUGCCUUCAGUAUUGCCGCAAGUCGAGGAACCAAUGCCUGAAAUGAUAAAAAUACCCGAAAUUGAGCCCGAAGAUGAAGAAAUUCACGUUUCUGAGGACGAAUCUGAGGUAGAAUUGAAUUACGACGAUCCCGAAAAGAUUUUGAAUGCAAGUCCGAUGAAGGGAAAACUCAUAAAACGACCAAAAGUGUUAAUAAGAGAUGCAAAGUUGACUGUUCGAGGCAAAGAAUUGAACAAACUAAUGUCGGAUUUUUACACGUUAGAGUGCGAUGUGUGUUCAAAAGAGGGAAAAAGGUCAAAAACGUACAAAGACAUCUACAAUUUGUUCAAUCAUUACAAAUCGCGGCACGGAAUCAAGGGUUAUGUCGUUUGUUGCGGGCAACGUCUCUUCAAGGCACGCGCUUUGGCUCUUCACAUGUGUCGUCAUUUGGAGCCCGAAUCGUUUCGGUGUCCCGAUUGCAAUAAAAUGUUGACUUGUCCGAAAAUUCUGCAGUAUCAUCGUCAAAAUCAUCUUCCGGAGGAUCAACGCCCGCUGGCUUGCAAACAAUGUCCGCGUCGUUUUUCCUACAAUUCCGCCUUAAUUGCCCAUUCCAUCAGUCACCUGCCCGAAGAUCAACGAAAUAGUUACAGUUGCAGCGAAUGCGGAAAAUCUUAUUGCAGCGCGGGUCGUCUUUCGUCCCAUCUCAAUUUAGCACAUUCCAAGACGGGCGAAGAGUUUUCCUGUCAUCUCUGUCAAAAACGCUUCACGAGCAAAGGCAACCUUUCGUACCAUUUGACGACGCAUCAACCGAAUCUCCAUUCCAUGCAGUGCAAAAUUUGCGAAAAAUGGCUCAAGAACAAGGUUUGCUUGCGAAAACACAUGAUCCAACAUUCCGCCGAACGGUUAAAGUGUCAUUUGUGUUCGGAUUAUGAGACGGUGAACAAGCAAUGUUUGGCGAAUCAUAUCCGGAUCAAGCAUAACGAUGAGAAAAACUUUUUGUGUGAAAUUUGUAACAAGUCUUUUAAGCUGAAAAAUACUCUGAAAAAUCAUUUGAGACAACAUACGAAAGAGACGCCUUAUAGUUGCGAGUUUUGCAAGCGAAAGUUUACGAGCAGUGGCAAUUUUUAUGCACAUCGGAAGCGGAUGCAUGCGGCUCAGGUGCAACAAUUGAAGGAACAGAAAGAGAGGGAAGCUGCGACGCAACGACAACUCGCAAAAGCUUGUUAAUUUUUUUUUAUCAUGAGACAAAAAAAAAUGCAAAGUGUUGAAAAAGUCGAAAAUUUUCCAUUAUUUUAAUUUUAAGAAUUUAAAAUUAUUUUUGUAUUAAUUAAAAUUUUUUAAAAAAUGAAUUAAAUUCGAUUUUAGGUAAAUUG